AUGCGUCCUCCGGUAACACAGCAGACGGCCGCAGCCGAUGCAUCUCGAUCCAGUAGUUUAAUAGCUGCAAAUCAUGCAAAUCAUACCGCAUCCACGAAGCAACAUGACAUUGUAGCCACCCCUCCUCGUGUCCGGGUAUCACUCGGAACUAGGCUAUGGUCGCGUCUACGUACGUACGUAGCCACGGUGGUCGAUGAAACCGUCCAGAGCCGCGUUGACGCACGGUUCGAGAAACAUGAAGGGUGGCUUGCCGCACGUCUUGACAAUAUACUUGAAAACCGGAACAAGGCCGAUCAUCGUAACAGGCGAGACAUAUACGAGGCUGCAUGGCGCGACGCAGCAAGCUCGAGUGCGCGGUUUGUCAACGAGAACUUCCCCGAUGCGAUGCCUUACUACGAUAAAUACGAAACUUUACGACAUGGUCUCGAUGAGGCCCCGAAAGAAGGCAUGGCUCUUGAAUUCGGGGUGUACCAAGGCUCCACUCUCCGGAAAAUUGCGGCCAGUCGGUCUGGCGGAGUCUACGGGUUCGACUCUUUUGAAGGUCUUCCGGAGGCUUGGCGUUGGGUGAUCCGCCCCGGGGCCUUCGCCGUGGAAGCCCCACCUGAGGUACCCGGCGCCGAAUUAGUGGUCGGAUGGUUUGACAAGACAUUAGCGCCCUUCCUUGCUGAGCAUCCCGGACCCAUCGCCCUGCUCCACAUCGACAGCGACCUGUACUCCUCAGCAGUGACCGUAUUAGAGCACUGCGGACCACGUCUAGUGGCCGGGUCAAUUGUAAUAUUCGACGAGUAUUUUAACUUCCCCGGCUGGGAACACGACGAACAUCGUGCGUGGCAGGAAUAUGUCAAUCGUACCGGGACGCGCUUCAGUUGGCUUGCUUAUACUGCCGACAACGAGCAGGUAGUGGUCCGGAUCGAUGACCCGGGAACCAAGCCCUGA